AUGAACGAAAGCAAGUGCAAUUCGAGGAAGCUCGAAAGAACUUGGUUGCUGUUGCUACGGGUAGAUUGCUGUUGGAAGUGUAUAAAAAGGCCUGAUAGUUACUAUAUCUAUGGCACAAACUCAGGUGAUAUUUCAACUCAUUUGAGAAAGUCAAUUUUAUCAAAUAGUUAUUUUAUCUUACAAUGUCAGACGCCGGACGCAAGAACUUUGGAGACAAGGCCUCAGAGGCCAUCAAGCCAGACUCCCAGAAGAGCUACAUGGAGCAGGGAAAAGAAGCCAUGUCUGACUACAUGGAUAAGGGCGCUGGAAAGGCUCAACCAGACCAAGACAAGGGAAUGGCUCAGAAGCUUUCUGAUGUCUUUGGUGACCAAAAGAAGUGAAGAAAGUGUGUCAGUUCUGUUUGACAGUUAUUUGACAGUUAAAUGCAUGGCAGAGUUUAGUUAG